UUCACGAGGAGAAAGUUGACCCAUAUUUGCAUCAAGUGUAACACAAAAAUCAUGACGGGCAAUAAAAAAAUUCUGACGGAAGAAUCUAUCGAAUCGUUUCGAAAUUUCGAAAAUUUAAAACAAGUCAAUAUAUUAGAGAGUAGUCCAAACUGUGGUUCGGCAUUUUAUUUUCUCACACCGCUGCUGAAAUAUGGGAAAUUUUCAUGCGCAUUUUCAUAUGGUCUUCGUUCCUCCUUCACUGGCAAAGUUUUAGAAUAUUCUACAAAACAGUUAAGGAUUUUGGGGAUUUUGAGUGGAAUAUUGUACGUCAUAAUGUGUCUCCACAUUGCCGUCGGCGUAGUAAAAUGGGACUUUCACGUCUCAUUCUCCGCCUUGGUGAACAUGAUCAAACGAGUGACCUAUGGGAUUUUCGUGGUCAAACUGAUCGCAACUUAUUACUGUAUGCAACGGCGUGGGAGGAAGAUGGGGUUGUGGGUGAAAAUUUUCAAACAGGCGGAUUUGAUUGAGAGACAAUUUGCAAAUUUUGGAAUAUAUUUACCUUCGAGGAGGACGGCUCGAGUUAUAGGAAUUGGAAUCUGCUCCUUAUCCAUUGUACUUACGUUGGUUCACGUAAUGGUUUUCUCAUUUGCUGUAGAUUUUAAAAAUUAUUCAUGGUAUGAUCGGUACACGGCGAAAAUUAUGAAUACAUUUACCCUUGGAUUCUGGAGUCUGGACUUGUUACACGAAAUUCCGUAUGAACUAAACUUAAUAAUGGGAACGAUUGGACUUGGUUUGGAAAUAUUUUGCUGGAAUUUGUGGUAUUUUGUGGACACAUUCCGAGUUUUGACUGCAUUAGUUGUGUGGAUUGUGUUUCAAACUCUUAACCGAGCUCUGAACACUGGGAAAUUGCGUGUUGAAAAUUUGCCAGAGAUAAUCGAGCUGCAUUUCAACGGGACAAAACUGUUGAAUCUGUUCAAUCAAUUGAUGGGUCCGAUCACCUUCACCUCGUCAGUAUUCAACAUUCUGUAUGCCUGCUUCUGGACAAAUUACUGCUUAAUUCAGGUCAAAUUCCACUUAAAAUACAUUGUCGCAAUCAUGACGUGUUUACGAAUGCUGGUGGUCUUUUACCUCGUGGCGGACGUGAAUAGCCAGGCAUAUCAGAUCACGACCUGGAUGGAAAACCAUUUCACGGAUAUGGAUAAAGUUCCGAAAAAAGUGGACAAAACCAAGUUGACCAUGUUCAUGUCGUUGAUUUACAGCAGAGAAUCGAUUGGAUUUAAAGGAUCUAAUUUUUUCACGUGUACACCAGCCCUAAACAUUGCGAUUGGAGGUCUGAUCUUAACAUACACUGUCAUCGUGAAUCAAGUUGCAACACAGACGCAAUAACGCCUUUGUUCCUGCCAUCUUAUGUAUUUUUCUUAUUCAACUUUACGUCACCACAAAUACAAUAUACUAUACAUAGUAAUUAAGAAAAUUAAGAAUUCUGCGUAAUUAAUACCACUUAAUGUAAUGUCAAUAAAAUAUAAAUUUUCUGCAA